CGCUGCCAGAGUUUGGUCCACUCUUGACUGCAUAGAGCUUCGAAGAAUCUAGAGGACUUGUUGAAUAGAAACAGUUAGUCUUAGUCUUGGUGGGUGUCUGUUAGCUACCAGCCUCAUCCUCAGGUAUAAAUAGCUGGGUUAUGGACUGUUGAAGGCAGUGGAUUGCAAGGAAAAAUAGAACUAGAAAAAGAGUGCUGUCUCGUGAAACGAAACCAUGGGGAAGCAGAACAGCAAGCUCCGCCCUGAGGUAAUGCAAGACCUGCUGGAAAGCACAGACUUUACGGAGCAUGAAAUCCAGGAAUGGUACAAGGGCUUUCUACGGGACUGUCCCAGUGGCAACCUCUCCAUGGAGGAGUUUAAGAAAAUCUACGGAAACUUCUUCCCUUACGGAGAUGCCUCAAAGUUUGCAGAGCAUGUGUUCCGUACUUUUGACGCAAACGGCGAUGGCACAAUAGACUUUCGGGAGUUCAUAAUUGCAUUGAGCGUCACGUCACGAGGGAAGCUGGAACAGAAGCUCAAGUGGGCGUUUAGCAUGUAUGAUUUGGAUGGAAACGGAUACAUCAGCAAAGCAGAGAUGCUGGAGAUUGUGCAGGCGAUUUAUAAGAUGGUGUCAUCAGUAAUGAAGAUGCCGGAGGAUGAGUCCACACCUGAGAAGAGAACAGAAAAGAUCUUCAGGCAAAUGGACACCAACCGGGAUGGAAAACUGUCUCUGGAGGAGUUCAUCAAAGGGGCAAAGAGUGACCCAUCCAUUGUGCGUCUGCUACAGUGUGACCCCAGCAGUGCAGGACAGUUCUGAGAUCAGCGUCUCAUGCUUCAGCCUUUUAUUUAUUUAUGGGUUUUAAUUUAGUUUUUGAUAUAGCCGCUCCUUCCACUCGCAGGGAAAUGAUGGAGGGUCAGGUUUCCCCCCCCCCCCCCAAGAGUAGGGCAUCUGGGUCUCAUCAGACUGAGCUUGGCCAGAUAUAGAAACACACACAUGCGCACACAGUUAUUGGCUGUGUUAUCUCUGUAGGGAGCCACACCGGGUCUGCAAGAGGCCUGUCAUGGAGUGAAUUAAGGUAACUAGAGUAUUUAUCUGAGCUCGAAUAACUUUCUGAUUAGAAAAGAGGUUUCAUGUCAUGGUAAAUACAUAGUCAAUUUUAUUUUUAUUUUCGCUGGGUAUUAGAUGAGACCAUUUAAGCUUGACCAAGACAGGAAUAUAAGAUUGGAAAUAAUGUAUGCACUCAGUAAAACAAAAUUUUUUCUAUAAAAAAUAAAAAAUAUCUGAUGCCUGAAUCAUAGAUCAAACAGGUGACAAUAGUGUAAACACCUUGAAUAUUUGGGUUAUUUUUAACUUUAUUUAGACUAAGUAGUUUAUUUUAAUUCAUAGCUUGGCCAGCUUUAUUAUUGGCAGAUCACAGUAUUAUUAUCCAGUGGGACCAAUAGAUCAGGCAUGCCGAUUUUCCAGUUGUAUGAUUCCCCACGUUGCGCUUACAAUCUGAAGAGCCUUACUACUUAGUGCUGGAAGCGCACAUCCAAUUUUGUGUGUAUUAGUUUGGUUUUAAUCAGAUAGUCUACCAUGCAAAAGACAUGAAAUGAACUGCGUUCUCUUUUUCCAGUUUUCUAAUGUUUGUACUCUAGUAACUGUAGGCUUGUAUAUAAAUCUGAAAUAUCAGACACGCAUGCAAAACUGUACUCAGAGUUGCAGCGAUCGGUUUUCUUGGCAUUUUUAGCAAAAGCAUGUAAACAAGUUUAUCUGCAUUUGUGGGCAGGAGAGUAUUUGUGUAAUUUGUAUGCAUGUGUUGUGUGUAUGUGUUUGGUUAAUAUCAGUUACAGCCCUGUUUGCUCACCCUGGUUCUAGAUGUUGUGUUGCAUCGUAUGCAUUAUUGCAGAACAUUUUUGUUAUUGAAGUACUACUAAAGCUUUAUUCAUUCAAAGCUAAUAUGAUUUUAGAAUCACUUUUAUCUGCUAUACAGCCAGUCUUUAACCCUGGAUUGUACACAUGAGCAUCAUCAAGUUGCUGAAUUGCCUUAAACACACUCAAGUGUUUCUGUGGGUGAGUGAUAUUUUUUUUCUUCAAUUGCAGUAAAUUAGC